AUGACUCGUGAGGUCAUCUCAAUUCAUGUUGGUCAAGCUGGAGUGCAAAUCGGAAAUGCAUGCUGGGAGCUGUAUUGCCUGGAACAUGGAAUACAGCCUGAUGGUCGCAUGCCAUCCGACAAGCAGACGCAGGUUUUCGCGCGCCGACAACAUUCCGACACAGUGACUGAGCAUGCCCUUCAGGAUGAUACCUCCUUUUCCACAUUUUUCUCGGAAACUGGAGCUGGCCGCCAUGUUCCACGAGCUAUAAUGGUUGAUUUAGAGCCCACAGUAAUUGAUGAAAUCCGGACUGGCACAUAUAAGCAGUUGUUCCAUCCUGAACAGCUCAUCACUGGGAAGGAAGAUGCCGCUAACAACUAUGCAAGAGGUCACUACACUAUAGGCAAAGAAAUUAUCGACUUAGUGCUGGACCGAGUUCGCCGUCUGGCAGAUAACUGCUCGGGAUUACAAGGAUUUCUUAUUUUCCACUCCUUCGGUGGAGGUACCGGAUCGGGCUUCACAUCACUGCUGAUGGAACGCUUAUCCGUCGAUUACGGAAAGAAGAGCAAACUUGAGUUUUCUAUCUACCCAGCCCCACAGGUCUCAACCGCUGUCGUAGAACCUUACAAUUCAAUUCUGACCACCCACACCACACUAGAGCAUUCUGACUGCGCUUUUAUGGUUGACAACGAGGCCAUUUACGAUAUUUGUCGUCGCAAUCUGGAUGUAGAGCGACCUAGCUAUACUAACCUCAAUCGACUCAUAUCACAGGUGGUGUCUUCCAUCACUGCCUCGCUGAGGUUUGAUGGGGCCUUAAACGUAGAUCUAACUGAAUUCCAAACCAACCUUGUUCCGUACCCUCGAAUACACUUCCCUCUGGCGACUUAUUCACCCGUCAUAUCCUCAGAAAAGGCUUACCACGAGACAUUAUCUGUUGCUGACAUAACGAAUAUGUGUUUCGAACCUGCGAAUCAGAUGGUUAAAUGCGAUCCUCGUCACGGAAAAUACAUGGCUGUCUGUCUUUUGUACAGAGGUGAUGUUGUACCCAAAGAUGUGAAUGCUUCAAUCGCAGCUAUCAAGACAAAGCGUUCCAUUCAGUUUGUGGAUUGGUGCCCUACAGGAUUUAAAGUAAGUUUAAUAUCUAAUAAAGUGCCUGUGUUGAAGUCCGACUGGAGUAUAUCUACUCAGCAUUCAAUUACUUGGGCUCGCCUGGACCGCAAGUUUGACCUUAUGUACGCAAAGCGUGCUUUCGUGCACUGGUAUGUGGGAGAGGGUAUGGAAGAGGGAGAGUUCAGUGAGGCACGGGAGGAUCUCGCUGCUCUUGAGAAGGACUACGAAGAAGUUGGUAUUGACUCUGUAGAUGGCGAAGGGGGUGACGAUGUGGACGAAUAUUGA